AAAAAAAAACCUCAAAUCCAAAUAUAACUUAUUUCAUGUCCAGUUUCCCCCUUUGUUCCUCUAAGCUCUACUGACUUUUCUAAAAAUAAGCGUAGAAAAUGUUCAUGUCUUAACUAGGAUGCCUACCGUUAAAUCAAUCACUACCUAUUUAUUCUAUUUCCUGACUAGGUACCUAAUACAUACGAUGCUAGGUAUACCUUUAGAGCCAUGUAAGUAAGUGCUGCUUCUGGUGGCUUAAACAGCACCAGAAAAGCAGCCUACAAGGCAAACUAGAAAACUAGAAAAUCAGAAAGUUCCAGGUCCGAUUCUACUGUGUAGAAUUCUAGAAAAGUGCACAGACCAUUGGUUCAUGGCCAAAAUUAUUUAUUCAAGAAAAUUUUCUCGGCUUCAUCAUGACCAGCAAUCAAUUCCUCAGUUAUAAUGCGCUUCCUUCAACUCCAUAUAUAGCUCCAAUACGCUUCCACUGCCUUUACAGAUAUACGUUGCAGCAUCUCACAAAUCGUUGAAUUUUUUUAUUUUUAUUUUUUCAAAUUUUCCGUUUUAGAUGUUUCGACGGCUCUGGGCCGGGCCAAAAGGCCCUACCACCCGCCUCUUCUCAUCCCUAUUCUGGCCGCGCCAACCACACCCAUUUAUCACCAAAGAAGCACUAAAACAACGACCUCGACCACGCAGGACCUUACACGCCUCGCCGGAAAUCUACGGCACUAUCUUCAUGUCCAUUGGGAUGCUAGUGACGGACACUAGUCUCGACUUCUCCGAGCGAAAGCGACUCGCGAUGAAAGCCGUCUACGGCAUCAUCAUGGAGGAGGACCUGCAGGUGAUGCUGCUGCGCUACUGGAGCACGGGCGACUGGCUGCUGCGCCUGUACUCCGGCGCCGCAGUCACGCACCACGGGCGUCUGCGGCCGGCGGCCGAGUCCGGGUGGAGCGACGAUGAGCUCGACGCGCGACUCAUGAGCACCCCGGACCCAGACUUCCCCGGGUCCACCUUCCUGCUCUGCCAGGCCGUGCUCUACGACCGCGAGCAGGACGAGUCUGAGGUCUACGUGUCCGAGUUUGGGUCCAGAUCUGCGGACGCUACCGAAGCGCUCCUCGCUUCCUUCGAGGCCUUUGCCAAGGAGUGCAAGGAACCAGUGCGCGGCGUGCUGCUGCUCAUGGAGUCGGAUGGUGGGUGGCGGAGCAUCUACUUCGAUGGGAAGAGGUGGAUUAACGUCCUGUACUUGGAGUGGCAGACUGCUGCGAACCUUGUUGACUGACCGUGAGACGAAUUGGAACGGGACGGACCGGAACCGGCAGCUCGUGGUAUCGAAAAGUUGGCGAUGUUUCUGUCUUAGGUGUCGACACCGCAUAUGGAUUAGGGUAUCGACGCUCACACGAUGUCAAAAAGCCCUUUGAUCCUCCUCGUCGCCAUGCCGGUAGAAAUACGAAAAAAAUACAAUUGCGACCGAGUCCUUUCAGGUCCAGCCUAAUCCCUUCACUGGACAGCUUCUUUCAUCUCUUUUAUAGCAUAGCGGUCUGGAUUUAUCGUACUACAUAUAAAGCGAUGGCGUUGGCCGGAUUAAAACUUACGUAGAACUGCGUUAGGGCGGUAUUUACAUAUAGCGGGUAGGAUAGAGGAGUAUAGGAUAGGGAAAAGCGGUGGAUCUGAUAUUUAUUACGUGGCAUAUAUAAUUACAUCUAGUCGAUUCACAUAUAUCAAAUCUCUCAUAUAG